UAUGCUGCAAUGGACUUGGCAUUUUUAUUAAUCACAAAACAGUCAUUUUAAGGCAAUAUGCACAUACUUUGUGAUUUACACUUGACAUUAACUUAAUAUUGAACCCUAGGUAAAAAGUUUGAAGUAAACAUUUGUUAUAGUACUGUAGGAACUAUCAAUGUUCAAAUCAAUUUUUGCGCGCCUUUUUUCUUUCCUGCGUAAAGCAUUCUGGGAAAAUACGCGUCAACGGAGACACAUCCAGUGUGAAAAAUCAAUGAUCUAACCUUGAAAAAAGCAAUAACUUCUAAUAUUAACCAUAAUUCAAGGAAUUUUGAGUUCUCAAUGCAAAAAACCGCAUCAAAGGCUUUAAGCGUGAUAACCGAAGAUGCAACAUCGGCAUGGAAAGCCCUUAACGGUAUUAUCUGCAUUUACAAACCGGCGGACGUUUCAUGCCACAGAAUUUGCAACAUUCUCACGUAUAAAAUUAGCAACGAAUUGAACCAAAUGAAAUGUCGACCGUGCGGCGAUUACGUGCAAAUCGAAGGGGACCCCUUGACGCAACUAACGGUAGUAAAAAAGCAAAAUUUAGCCGAUCAUCCGUUAGUGGUGGGACCCCGUUACAAUCCGAACAAUCUCCGUUGUUCCUGGUCGAACUACUUGGGAUUUAAUACAAGUGGCGUUCUCUUAAUGGGUUUACAAAAUGGUACGAAAACUGCGAAUCUUAUUCGAAGCAAUAAACUCAUGCGUGCGUAUAGAGUUAAAGGAUUGCUGGGGCGUGCCACUGACAAUUUUUAUAAGGAUGGUAAAGUUGUAGAGAGGACCACAAUGGGGUUUAUUAAAUCACAUCAUAUGGAUCGAUUAUUGUCAGUCAUACAGUCGUCACAUCAGCGGAAAAUGUUUGACGCAACCGGUGUUGAUUUGCAAUCGCAAACUGCAUAUGAUUUAGCUGUGAAAGGACAAAUACGACCUGUGUGUUCAAAAACACCUUUGCUGUAUGGAAUUAAGUGUGUCGAUUAUCAACCACCUGAAUUCACUGUAGAGAUUCACUGCGUGAACGAGUACGAAAUGUAUUUAAAGGCACUUAUACACGAAAUAGGUUUGAAAUUGCAUUCGACAGCACACUGUACUGGAAUUCAAUGCAUUCGACACAGUUAUUUCAAUCUAGAUCACGCGCUGCUGCAGAAACACUGGACACUGCAACACAUAUUUGAUAAUUUGGAGGAAUGUGGAAAUAUUAUUAGCCAACAUGAAAAUAUGACUAAUAAUAAUACUAUUGUCAUUCAGUAAAUUUGUAAUUAUAAGUCGUAUAAGAUGUAUAUACAAUGGUUGUAUGCAAUAUUCUUGUUUGUAGUUAAGAAUAAAAUAUUUAGACACUA